CUUUUGAAAUUUAUUUCGGCCCUUUUUAAUUCAAUAAAAUGUGUUCUCCAUGCGGACCGGGAUGUGGACCCUGCGACCCCUGCUGUGGGCCCUUCGAGUGCUCGCCCAAGUGCUACAACUCCGCACAACUGGAAGCCUUGCCGCAAUGUGCCCCGCGCAUUCCACCCCCCUUCCCCAAGUGCAUCACCGUGCAGCAGCCACCUCGCAUGAUCUGCAAGAAGCGGGUAGUUUUCACCGAGAAGAUCGUGCCCGAACCGAUGGUCGUUAACCGAUGCCGGCAGAUCACAAUCCCAAAAGUGGUGGAUGCCACGCGCGUCAUCAAGGUGCCGAAGCUGAUUUGGGUCUCCCAGAUGGUGCGGGAGCCACGCGUCAUCUACUACCCGUCGAUGAUACCGGACCCGUACGUCGUCUGCUACCCGAAGCGGGUCUGCGAGCCGAGGGAGGUCUGCCAGUCGAUCCUUUGCCAGCCGAAGCCGCAGACGAUCGACAUCCCUCCUCCGAGGGAGUACUGCUGCUACCCGAACGGACCCAUCAACUACAAGCCGAGUGCCGCCUGUCCGCCGUGCCCCAUUGGGCCCUGUGCCCCGGGCGGAGGCUGCUGCCCCUUGCCGUGCUUCUCCACCAACCAGUAUCCCGUGGCCGAAGGCCGCUGUGGUCCUUGCGGGCCCUGUGGACCCUGUGGGCCCUGUGGGCCCUGUGGGCCAUGCGGGCCGUGUGGGCCGUGCGGGCCGUGUGGGCCAUGUGGGCCGUGUGGACCGUGUGGGCCGUGUGGACCAGGAUGCGGACCCUGUGGUCCUUGCGGACCUUGUGGACCCGGACCCUGUGGAUAUGGUCCUUGCGGUCCUUGUUAACCAACAAAAGUGCAGGUCCUUGUGGAGUCGAAUCUUCUGUCGAACCUUCCGUCCCAAGAACACUGCUCGUUUUCCGAGUCUCGAAAAUUACUGCAAGCCCGUGAUGAAAUUUACAUUUGUCAUUGUUUCGGAAAUGCAUUUGAUUAAAUAUAUUUGAUGAUAGCGAGAAAAA